AUGCCCUCACCGGAGCAGACCGAGUUGCUUGCUACGCCAUGCGUUACAUGUCGUGAACAUCAUCUAAAAUGCGACCGCUCGGUUCCCAGAUGCGGUCGAUGUGUACGCGCAGGUCGCGAAUGCAAGCUAGGCUUCAAGUUCAAACCAACUAAAGAUUCGUUCAGUAGAGGUCAGAGAUGGCUUAGACCGCCAAGGAAGUUGGUAUAUAUCGACGAGACUCAAUCUUUAACAACCGGAAGCCCCUUAGAGGAUACGUCGCAAUAUGAAAUCCACGUGGAUGAAACUUAUAAUGGAGAGCUGGAAUCGAAUUCCUCGAGCGUAACACCUCCGGCGAUCGCCGGUUUAAGAGAACGUAACCCCGGGAAUGAGUCGGUUGGAAUCACUCAACCUCGGAAUCAACCAAAAGUUCACGGACUAUUUCCUAGUAACGGGGUGUCGACAUCGCUACUUAAUUCGCAUAGAGCAUUCCCAGAAGCGAAGCCGACUGAAUCUUACGACGUGUCAUCUCUCCCAACCGGAAAUAACAUACGUAUGUCUGCUCCGAGAAAUGCCCCGCUAUCGAGUUUCCAUGCAGUCUCAUCAUUACCGCUCAAAAACCGGACGGAAGCGUUAUUGUUCCGACACUACAUUCAAAAGUUGGCAAUCUGUUUGGACUUAUGCGAUCCAAGUCGACAUUUUGAACUCGUCGUACCGGAGCGCGCUGCUGUAUCCCAUACCCUUUUAAAUGCGAUAUUUGCCAUAGCCGCGAGGCACCUAAGUCACACGACGAAUUUUGACCCUCUCGCCUCGAAUAGAUACCACGACGAAUGUCUAAAACAUCUAAUUCCCAUGUUGGAUCACGCUUCGACGGUGUCGGAUGAGAAUCUCUUUGCGGCAACAAUCAUCCUGCGCAUGCUCGAGGAAAUGGAUGUACCGACGACGGGCCAAGACAACUAUAGCCAUCUGCUUGGUAUUCAUGCAUUCGUCAAUGCCGGUGACCAAUAUAUGGGACGAGGGAGCCUGAGCGCAGCUUCGUUCUGGGUAGGGCUACGACAAGAAAUUUACAUCGCCGUGAUUACACAGCAACCUGUCAAAGUUUCCCUAGACCACUACAUAGUAGACCGAUCCUUCGAAGCAGCCGACGACUACACAUGGUCCAACCGAGCGAUCAUUCUUAUUGCCGAUGUGCUCAACUUCUGUUUUGGCGAUGGUAACUUCACAUCUGGUCGAUGGAACGCUUUAGAUGAGGCAUGUAAGAAGUGGUCUGCCACUCGACCGUCGUCCUUCAACCCAUUCUUCUAUAGGGAACGUACGGGAUCCUCGGCAUUUCCGGAGGUCUGGCACGGUUCUAGCUGUCAUGUCAUCGGGAUUCAGCACCAUAUUCUUGCACAACUAUUCCUGACCCAAUUUGAUCCCUCAAUUCCUAAAGUGGGCACAAAUCGCCGGACGGCAAUGAAAAAAAUGACGGAACGUAUCGAGAACCUUGUUAGGGAGCUUUGCGGCAUUGGCAUCUGCAACCAGUGGACGCCGCCGAGCAUGUUUACAGCUUGUAUGGGUAUCGCUAUGUUUGGUGACCAAUUCGGCGAGCGCUCCGAUCAAGAUGCACUAAUCGACAUGCUUCAAAGGACCGAAGCGGAGCAUGCUCGUCCUACCGCAGCAAUACAGCAGCAGCUAAAAAAAGCAUGGGGUUGGGUGCCAGAAAACGAGUAA